GUUCCGUCUGAACAACGACAAGGCUAAGAAGACGUCGAGCCUUUUAACUACUUGUCAGUACGUGAAUACUACGGACUUUCCCGCUGUCCCGCCCACGAGAAUUGCGAGAAUUUCGGCCUGCUGUUGCCACCAGAGCCCUCGAAUCACCCUGCCUUGACGGGUCCUGUGUCGUACUUCGCAUGACAACAUGAGAUAGUCGGCAUCGACGAAACCAGACAAUGGCCGGCUCUUCACCUGCUCGGCGAAGCUUGCAAGUCACCAGCCCGGAGAGGAACACCUACGGCACCUACCUCUCAAAUGAGCGGAACAAUCUAAAGAACCAUGACGAAGCAUUAGCCGCAUCCAAGGAUGAGCACGACCGUGUCAGGGAUUAUGCUCUAAGAGCCCUCGAGAAACAUGUCUAUCAGCUAGAGCAACUCCGAAUACAAGACGAAGAAUCUCAGAUACUCGAGAAGCAGAAGAGAGAGAAAGAGCGUCUGGAACGAGAGAAGAAGCUGCGUGAGGAAGAGAAGCGACUUCGAGAACUCGAGGCUCAACAGAUCCCAAAGUUACCACCGAAACCAUCCGUCGAGGCCGCGCCCGCGCCCGCGCCCGCAGCGGCCAGGACGGAACCUACUGGUUCCAAUGGCGCUGCAGGAGCACCUUUAGGUGCAGCAUCUUCGAAAGGCCUCGAUGCAGUUGCACCCUCGACCCAAAGGACGAAUGGAACGAAUGUCGCCAACACCACACAGCCUACUGCUCCACCGGCGCAAGAAGCAUCACCACUUGUCGCAAAACAGAGUGAGAGUGCGGCCAAGCCCAAUCCAUUUGCAAGCUCUGGAACGCCAGCUGCUACGCCAGCCUCCAACCCGUUUGCGGCAGGCAAUAAGCCAGCUGCGAGCCCCUUUGGAAGGCCUCCCGGUGCGCCAGCAGUCAACGGCUUCAAUACACCCACACCUGGUGUUCCUUCGUCUACGAUAGGCCGUGUAGCGGUGCCAACACCAGCCGCUCAAACUCCGGAUCGAUAUGUGCAAAUACACCAGACUCUGAAGAAACUACGAGCCUCGAUUAAACAACAAAUGACAACAAACAUUGACCUGAAGAAAAACGCAGGCAAUUAUAGACGGGAAAUUCGCAAGUCCAUCGGUCAACUAACUGGAGAGAGAGGAUCCAAUAAACAACAGCUGGAGAAGAUACGAUUAGUCCUCACUGCGGCUUUACAGGGACAGAUAGGAAGUGCUCUGGUGGACCCAUCCGAGUUCGUCCGCGAUAAACGUGAGCCGGCACCGGAUGCGGCACAGAACGGGCAACUUCCGUCGCUGUUCAUCUACCUGCUGAAUUGCAUGGCAAAGGACAUGAUUAAGCAGUUUGACAGUGAAUGUGGUCCUAUGCCAGAUAAAGCCGACCCUAUCGGUGUUACGGCUGCCCAGAUAUUCUCUACGAAAGACUUCAUGUGGCGCGGUAUAUCAUUGAUUGAUAUUAUGAUAGCCAAGUUUCGUAUCGCUUGCCCAGUUCUCUUUGGUGUUAGAGGCAAUGAAAAGACGGAGCAAGGAAGGUUGCGUUUGGGUUGGAGGAAACCAGAGGGACACUGGAUGCCCGAUCAGCAACACUAUGAGCGGAUGUCGGGGCUGGGCGUUGGCUAUGCGUCUAUCGCUCUGCGAGACUUUUCAAAAGCCAAAGCUACGAAUCCCUACCCGCCUGCCAACUAUUGGACGGCAUUUGCCAAAAUCGUCAACACACCUCCGGCAGAGAUCUCAGACACACAGUGCGUGGUGUUGCGAGCCAUGAUCCACCUCUCCGAAGACAGGUUCAUCAGCUUCUACGGCAACCAAGCGAUAGCGGCACUGCGGAAAGCUUUGGUAGAACUCCCUUCGAAGGUUCCGAACAAGACGUCGGCUGUAUCUGGCCUCGCCGUUUUGGCCAACUUGUACCAGAAAGAUAUAGGUCUAGAUUUGAGGUGAUACAGAUCGUGGGACCCGGGAAGCGAUGACGACGAAUGCACUUACAUGAUUUAUACGGCAUCAGAGACCCGGCUGGGUAUUCAGAUCACUAGAGGCAAUGGCGUUUGGGAAAGAACGAUGACAUCAAGCUCGAAUACGAGCAGAUGUGAAAGGCGAAUCUAUACCAUGUACAAUCCUCCAGGUGGGUUGCCAAUUUGAUGGCCUUAGCAUCCUUCGGGGGGGAGACCGGGGAGGGGGUUUUUUUUUUUUUUUUUUUUUUU